AUGAAGGGCAAAGGACAAAGCAGUAGAUCUACGAACUCAGAUACAGGAUAGGCGAAGUUUCGGUGACAAUUAUUUUGUUUGUUUGAAAAUCCGGAUAGUAUUUCAUUCAAGUGGUAAAUGUGCCAUGUUUAUUACACACAUAAUUUUCUUAGUAGAAGAACACUAUUAGUCUUGUAGAAGUUAGUUAGACGGGGCAUGUGCUGCAGUUUAGCAUCGGUGCUCGUUUCCCUUUGCUGUAGUCUCGUCUGUGACCUAAAUAUACCAAAAUAAUUAUCAGGAAAAAUUCAAUACGAUCGUCUUGGAUUUGCUGACUGCAGCUGGCACGUCGAAGACAGCAACUGCACUGUAUGUGCUCAGUUAUAGUUCUCCUAUGUACUAGGAUGUAACUACCUACUAUCAUUAUCUUCUUGAGUGCCCUUUACCCCUUGGCCAUUUUCAAGAACAGUCGACUAGUCCAGGUCAUGGGUGACAGCAAUAGUAUUCCAUUUGCUCCGCUGGCUAAUGCUACACCGUCUCCUUUCAUCGGAGCGUGGCCCGGGACGUUGGCACUGACCUGCAGCAUAUGCUCUGUGGUCGGAUCACUACUGAUUAUCCUAACCUAUCUAGCCUUCCAUGACAUUCGCAGCACGUCCAGGCAGAUAUUGGCCUACCUUUCUCUGGCAAACUUGUUGGCAUCAGCGUCGAUCGUGUGGGGAGUGUCAGGAAACUUAUCCCAGGAUUCGGAUUCGCCAAGCUGUCAAGCUCAGUCUGUCCUACUGAUCGCAACAGGCAUUGCUGACUUUCUCUGGAAUAUAGGCCUAGCUGUUUAUCUUUAUGUGAUCAUAACGAAAGAAGGAUCGCGGUGGGGCAGCAAUGGUUGCCCGAAGGUUCUGUACGCCGCUUGCUGGACACCAGGAGUAGUUAUAGCCCUGGUUACUUAUCUACAGCACCACACUGGCGUGGACCCGGGCGCAAUCAACACGGCUAAAUGGUGCAUUAUCAAAGGCCCGAACAGUACGAAUAAAGUCAGUACCAACGACUACGUCCUUUGGUCAAUGAUUGUGGGCGACGGCUGGAAUAUUCUGGCAAUCUUUUCAACAUUAUGCCUGUACAUCAUCACCAAGUGUCAUCUGUACAAGGAGACUCAUCACCACCAGUCGACAUUUUUAACCCGGGGUGCAUUAAAUGCUGCUCAUCAAAUUGAUCGAAAGUUGACCUUCAUCCCCAUCACGUACUUCUUCCUGCACAUUUGGAGCUUCAUACGCACCGUUAUGGCUGUGUCCAGAUCGAAUAUUAACUCUGAUAUGGACAGUUGGUGGUAUAAGAUUCUUCUUGGUCUACAGACAUUCGGCGACUGCAGCGAAGGCCUGGCAAACGCUAUUAUAUUCUUGGUUUUCUCUCCCAAGCUACGGCAGCGGUUGAAAGCAGCUGUUCUUGCCAAGGUGUACUAUAUCUUCUACAUGUGCAGUGUCAAGGUGUGUUGUGGACAGGCACAGCCUGAAGAUGAUGAGGCACUGCAGCGAGCUGCCGGUGGCCACUACGCUCAGGGUGUAGUCAAUGACAGUGCUCAUGCUCUCUUGCCACGGCCGAAGUUAAGUAGCUAUCAUUGGGGCAAUAGUGGCAGUGCAAGUGGACGCUCCUCUCCAUUUGGGCUUGGUAAGAGCACCGCUGAUAGCACGAAUUCUGAACGAAGUCAAGUGCUGCCUGCUGGCAACGCAGCCCACGUCUAGUUCUCAUUUGCACACACUUGUUUAUCUCUUUUUUUCUUUGAGCUUUGGGUUCACCCCGUGCGGUAUGUUUUAUUUCUUGCUCUGUUUAUGUAUAGGGAUCGCAUUCUUGUGUAGAUCCGCUUUAUUUUGGCUUGAUCUUUAACACAAAAUGUUGUCCACCACUGGAAUUGACGCACCUAUUGCACUUACUCUACUCGUUUUUUUGCAUCCUCCAGCGAAUGUUCACAGCUGCUUCUUGUAUUUAUCUCGAAAGAAAGUAACUCUCUAGCCUACGAAAAAUUGAUUGACUCCCUCUCAGCAAGUAUUUAAUUCUGCCGUAUUGAUUCUAUCGAACACGUAACAUUAUGCCUACUCAAAUGCAUAGUUACCAUUCUUGGUUCAUGUAUCACCUUUUUUUAAAUUCACUAUUGGGGCUGGUCUCCACUCUUCACUCUCUAUGCUUAUUUCUGCAUCACCUACAUGUACAUACGUGUACAUAACCUUGCUUGCAGUGCCGAGUAUAAUUGACAUUUGUGUUGUUGCUUGAAUAUCUGUGUUUGAUCAUCUACGAAAUCAUGACUGAGAUUGUGUUCUACGCAGUGCUUGAUUUUCAAAACCAAUGCGUCACUAUUUGCCGUGAACUUUGCCUAUGUUUCCUUCGUGUGUAAGCUUCCUGGCUCGGCUGUGCUUUGAAGUUUAGCAUGCAUCCCAUCUUGCUUACUAUGUGCUUUCUAUUCAAUCUGACUUGACUGAAUUUUCGAGUGCUGUGAGUUCAUUGACUUCACUCCACUUCAA